UUUUCUUCGGGAAUCAGGAUACGCUAGAGUCAAGAUGGGUGUGGUCUCCAGCUGCUACGAGUCCUGCUGCGAAACAUGCUUCCACUCGCGGAAGUCGCAAUCCUAUGAGCCGCUCUUGCUAGAAAACGAACGGGAAGCGGUCGCGGAUCUUCUCCAGUUCCUUGAAAACAGGACGACGACCAACUUCUUUCAAGGCUCACCUCUUACCGCGCUCACCACCCUCUCUUUCUCUGACAACGUCGACCUACAACGGAGUGCAGCCCUCGCUUUCGCCGAGAUCACCGAGAAGGAGGUCCGCCCCGUCGGCCGCGAUACCCUCGACCCCAUCCUCUUCCUCCUCAGCAGCCAUGAUACCGAAGUUCAACGAGCCGCAAGCGCAGCACUUGGUAACCUGGCCGUCAACACCGAGAACAAGCUGUUGAUAGUGAAGCUCGGUGGCUUGGAACCCCUCAUCCGACAAAUGCUCAGCCCUAACGUCGAAGUGCAAUGCAACGCCGUUGGCUGCGUUACUAACCUGGCUACGCACGACGACAACAAGACCAAGAUCGCGAAGUCCGGCGCUCUCGUCCCGUUGACCCGUCUGGCUCGCUCGAAGGACAUGCGUGUGCAGCGGAAUGCCACCGGUGCUCUCCUGAACAUGACUCACUCAGAUGAGAACCGUCAGCAACUGGUCAACGCCGGAGCUAUCCCUGUGCUCGUUAGUCUGCUCAACUCGCCCGACACGGACGUGCAGUACUACUGCACAACAGCCUUGAGUAACAUUGCCGUGGACGGCGCGAAUAGGAAGAAGCUCGCACAGAGCGAGCCCAAGCUCGUCACCAGCCUCGUUCAACUCAUGGACAGUCCGAGUUUAAAGGUUCAAUGUCAAGCCGCUCUUGCUCUUCGUAAUCUCGCCAGCGAUGAGAAAUAUCAGCUCGAGAUCGUUAAAGCCGACGGGCUCACGCCGCUCCUCCGUCUGCUGCAGUCCACCUACCUCCCUCUCAUACUUUCCGCUGCAGCCUGUGUGCGCAACGUCUCGAUCCACCCCCAAAACGAGUCGCCCAUCAUCGAGUCUGGCUUCCUACAGCCGCUCAUUAACCUGCUCUCCUUCAAGGACAACGAGGAGGUACAGUGCCACGCGAUCUCGACGCUCCGCAACCUCGCCGCGUCGUCGGAGAAGAACAAGACGGCGAUCGUCCGUGCGGGCGCGAUCCAGAGCAUCAAGGAGCUGGUGCUCGAGGUGCCGACGAACGUGCAGAGCGAGAUGACGGCGUGCGUUGCGGUGCUUGCGCUCAGCGACGAGUUGAAGGGGCAGCUGUUGGAGAUGGGGAUAUGCGAGGUGUUGAUCCCGUUGACGAAUAGUCCGAGCUCGGAGGUGCAGGGCAAUAGCGCGGCUGCGUUGGGUAACUUGAGCUCGAAAGAUGGCCGGACGGCAAGCGAUGACUAUUCCGCGUUCAACGAUGUGUGGGAUAAGCCGGAGGGUGGCAUGCACAAGUACCUGUACCGGUUCCUCACCAGCACGGACGCCACUUUCCAACAUAUCGCCGUGUGGACAAUCGUGCAGCUUCUCGAGUCCGGUGACCCGCAAUUAAUCAGCAACAUCCGCAACUCGUCCAUGCUCGUUUCCUCCAUCCGGCAGCUGGCAGCCUCGCGGCAGUCCUCGCCGACGUCGUCCGUCGGCACGCCACGCUCCGGCGCCGGACGCUCGCCCGCGCGCUCGCAGUCGUACCAGGAGACGGAGACGGAGGGCCAGGGCGAGAUCCAGCUGCUCGCGCGGCGGAUACUCGAAUUCGCGGACGCGGACGAGGCCGAGCUCGGGAUGAGCCCGCCGGCGCGUGUGCAGUCGGAUAUCGGCGUGGGGUCGAGCGUCGAGGGCGGGAGCAGCGUGCACAACCAUGAGGAGCUCCGGAGGAGCGUGAAGGAGGCGUUCAGCGGAUCGUACAAGGGCCGGUGAUCGCCGGAGGGCCCUGUACGGCUUGCGCUUGGAUGGGCUGGAUGAUGCUACGUGGUGCCGUUGUGAUGGCGAGAUAUAGACGUGCGGAUGUGGUGCGGACCAUGUUGACAUAUAUAUACUCUCUUUACGUUCAGUUUAUUCCCCUUUCUUCCUUCUAGUUCCGUUUCCCGUUUUCCUCUUCUUUCGCUCUUGUGCUCCUCUAAUAUGUGGUGUGACCAUCUUACGGUGGCCUGGUCUUUCGACGUUAUUUCGGAUGGUGAAGGGUGUCGGCCGUCUUUGUGCUUCUCAUCUUCGAACGACCUACGUGUAUCUAGUAACGAACGAUGGGCGCAGGCAAACAAGUGCCCAUCAAUUUCAUGCAAAGCCAAGCCUAUACCG